GGAGACUUAGCGUGUAUUGUAUAUAUAUAAUAUACGAGCGACGUCACGGCGAGUGGGUCGUGACACGCCCGUUUUGGAUCUACGCUGACCCGCUGGUCAUUCAUUCGCCGUAAGUCCGCCGCCGAGGAGAUUACUGCACUUCCGAGGGUCGGUCGUCCGACUGGGCUCUUCUUGUUCUACUUUGCCGAGGCUUGGGCGAGAGCGGGCUUUCGCGUCGUCGUUUCCUCUUCUGAUAUUUUGAUCAACCAACUACUAAAAUGGCCGAGUCUUUGGAGCACAUGCCGAAAAAUGAAACCAUCAAAUUGAGACAAAAAUUCAUCGGAGAGUCGUGCACCCUGUUUUACAAGUCGAACCCUCUGAAAAUCGUGAGAGCCAAAGGCCAGUACAUGUUCGACGAAAGAGGCGAUGAGUACCUCGACUGCAUCAACAACGUUGCUCAUGUGGGUCACUGUCACCCGGACGUCGUGCGAGCCGGUCAAGAGCAAAUGUCCCUGCUUUCGACCAACAUGCGUUUUCUGCACGACAACAUCGUCAUCUGCGCUCAACGUCUCACCUCGACCCUGCCCGAGAAGUUGUCCGUUUGCUUCCUCGUCAAUUCCGGCAGCGAAGCCAACGAUUUGGCUCUUCGUCUUGCCAACACCCACACCGGCAACAAAGACAUUAUCACCCUCGAUCAUGCGUAUCACGGACACUUGACAUCGAUGAUCGAUAUAUCGCCCUACAAAUUCUCCCACAUGAAGGACGGAAAGAAAGAGCACGUCCACGUGGCGGCAUGUCCGGAUGUCUAUCGUGGAAAAUACCGCGACGACGUUCACCCUGACGAGGAUCUUGGUGUUUUGUACGCUGGAGACGUCAAAGAGAUUUGCGACAGCGUGACGGCUCAAGGCCGCGGUGUUAGCGCUUUCAUAGCCGAGAGUCUUAUGUCCGUCGGCGGUCAGAUUUUGCCGCCGGAAAAUUAUUUCAAAAACGUCUACAAACACGUACGAGCCGCCGGUGGCGUCUGCAUCGCCGACGAAGUGCAGGUGGGCUUUGGCCGUGUGGGCAGCCACAUGUGGGCCUUCCAGCUCUACGGCGAGGACAUUGUACCCGACAUCGUCACGGUUGGCAAACCCAUGGGCAACGGCCACCCCGUGGCUGCAGUCAUCACUACCCAAGAGAUCGCGAGAAGCUUUCGCGACACUGGCAUCGAGUACUUUAACACGUACGGCGGUAAUCCAGUCUCGUGCGCCAUAGCCAAUGCCGUGAUGGAAGUCAUCGAGCGCGAAAAUCUUCGGCAACACGCCCUUGAAGUCGGUAACCACCUGAUGACAGAGUUACGCAAACUGGCCAAGCGCCGAGGCAUUAUUGGCGACGUGCGUGGCGCUGGGCUGUUCGUUGGCAUCGAACUGGUGCUCGAUCGCAACAAGCGGACCCCUGCCACUGCCGAGGCCAAGUACGUCGUUUACCGCAUGAAGGAGGAGAAGAUUAUUGUGAGCAGCGAGGGCCCGGACUACAAUAUCCUCAAGCUCAAGCCACCCAUGGUUUUCAGCAUGGAAAAUGCCAAUCUGUUUGUUUCCAAGCUCGAUGAUAUUUUGCAAGAGGUGGAGGCUGGCGAGGAUGAGGCGCCACAACAGACCACCGCCAUUCUGAAGGCCGUUAUCACGCCCAUGAAGAUGGAUUUGUCGGCAUCCAUUCCGGAAAACAAAUCUGUUUUGGUAAAAUCCAGUUAAUACGUCGAAAAACAAGCAAGAUUUCACGAUCAUUAACAAAGUAUUAUUUUCAACGAAAAAUGUUGCUGAUUUAUAUAUACUUGUACAUAAUUUUGUAAAUAUGUAUUUAGUUUUGUGUCCCAUAACAUGUAACACUUGUAGAUGUACUUUUUUCUGGUAAUUAUAACCUUUAGUGUUUCUAAUACUGCUGCUGUGUAGUGCAUAGCAUUGAAUUUAAUACAUUUUGUAUACUACGCAUACUUUACUGAAUAUAAUUAUCUACGUGAAGAAGAUUUUCGACUGAUGAUUUUCAGGAUACUUUACUACGUACAUCAUCAUGUGUCAUUUUUGCAAAUAUAAACGUGAUGAUUAUUACAUCACGUCAAUAUGAACUAUUUUAUAAAGAAUACAGAUUUAAUGAAAAAUAAAAAUCCAAGAUAAUCACA